UAGGCCUGCAGCAGGGCUCCUGCAUAACCCCCAUGCUCCCCGCAGGGGGACCCAGGGCGCAUUCGUGCGCAGGCGCUACACUGUGCGUGCCAGGCCGGUUCAGUGGUCCCCCGGCUACUCCCGAAGCCCAUGCCGGGUCCCCAACUCCUCUCCAGUCCCAGUCCCGCCGAACCAGCCCUGGCUCUCGCUGACCCCGCGAGGAACUAUGCGAGGGCAAAGUCCCCGAGGGUGUGAACCCCAGUGUCCCAACCCCUGGGCGGGGACGGGCGGCGGCAGUGCGGGGAGCUGUGGCCAGCACAACCCGCGAAGCCCUGCCGCAAGCCGCCGGGUCCCUUCCGAGCCUCCGCCGCCACGCUAGGCCCGCACCGCGGAGCCCCGGCGCUCAGGGCCCGCAUCCCGCACCGCCAGGCUCACUCCCGGGGCCCGGGCACCGCCACGCCCGCGUCCCGCAUCGCCAGGCCCGCGCUUCUCCGCGCCCCGCACUGCCAGGCCCGCGUUCCACCGCGCUCCGCACCGCCAGGCCCAGACCCCGGGCUCCCCGCUAGCUCGCAGGCCCGCGCCGCAGCCACCGCCGCCGCCGCCGCCAUGGCGGAAGUCCACAGACGUCAGCAUGCUCCGGUUAAAGGAGAAGCCCCCGCGAAAUCCUCCACACACAGAGAUGAGGAGGAGCUGGGGAUGGCGCCGGCCGAAACGCUAACGGUGUUCCUGAAGCUACUGGCUGCCGGUUUCUACGGCGUGAGCUCCUUUCUCAUCGUGGUGGUCAACAAGAGCGUGCUCACCAACUACAGAUUUCCAUCCUCGCUAUGUGUUGGACUUGGCCAGAUGGUGGCCACGGUAGCGGUUCUCUGGGUGGGAAAGGCACUCAGAGUAGUCAAGUUUCCUGACUUUGACAGAAAUGUACCUCGAAAGACGUUUCCACUACCUCUGCUCUAUUUCGGGAACCAAAUCACGGGACUGUUCAGCACAAAGAAACUGAACCUGCCCAUGUUUACAGUUCUGAGAAGGUUCUCCAUUCUGUUUACAAUGUUUGCUGAAGGCGCUCUACUUAAGAAGACUUUCUCUUGGGGUAUUAAGAUGACUGUAUUCGCCAUGAUCAUUGGGGCCUUCAUAGCCGCCAGCUCUGACUUGGCCUUUGAUCUGGAAGGAUAUGUUUUUAUUUUGAUCAAUGAUGUCCUGACAGCAGCAAAUGGUGCAUAUGUGAAACAGAAGUUAGAUUCGAAAGAGCUGGGAAAAUAUGGUCUGCUCUAUUACAAUGCACUGUUCAUGAUUCUGCCCACCCUGGCCAUUGCGUAUUUCACAGGAGAUGCACAAAAGGCAAUGGAGUUUGAGGGCUGGGCCGACGCCCUGUUCCUGCUGCAGUUCACCCUCUCCUGUGUGAUGGGGUUCAUCUUGAUGUAUGCUACAGUACUCUGUACUCAGUAUAACUCUGCUCUGACCACAACAAUAGUCGGCUGCAUUAAGAAUAUAUUAAUAACGUAUAUCGGAAUGGUCUUUGGUGGAGAUUAUAUUUUCACGUGGACAAAUUUUAUUGGCCUAAAUAUCAGUAUUGCGGGAAGCCUGGUGUAUUCUUACAUCACUUUCACCGAAGAGCAGCUGAGCAAACAGUCAGAGGCCAGUAACAAGCUGGACACGAAGGGGAAAGGAGCAGUAUGACCUCCACGGACCCUGAAGACACUGAGGCGUCCUCAUUGCUGGGAGUUAAUAUUCCUUUGCAGUUGCACAACCCUAGGAUUGAUUGCUGCCUUUGAAAAUUUAUUAUUAACUAUGUUUGAAUUAAUUUAUAUCAGACUGAAAAAUGUUCUGGGUGGGUUUUAAUUUAUUUUUCUUCUCUGACAGUGAAACAACAGUGUUUUGGAAUCUUUUACUUUGUAGCUUGCUAUACAGGUGGCCCUGGCAGUGUAUACCAUGUGUUCCGAGAUGCGAGAGACGCUUUCCAGUGGUCUGUCUCUGGAGACAGUUUAGCUGGAAAUGCAGCUAAGGUUCUCCUCCUCCUCGUCCUCCUCCUCCCGCCCCUCCUCCUCCUGCCCCUCCUCCCUCCCUCCUCCUCCCUCCACCUUUUUGUGGCACUGUCUUCAUAGUAUCACCACAUUUGCCAAAGGUGACAGCUUUGGCACUAAAAGGCCCAAGAUGCUCUGGUGUGCUCUGCCUUCCUAGACUGAGCGGGUGAGCAGAGCGUGCCUUGGCAUGUCUGAUCCUUUGUUCAGUUGGAGACAAGCAAGGGUGGAGGAAGCCAGUCAUUUCCUCACCGAUCCAGCUGUAAUGCAUUGAAAGUCCCUGUCAGGCAGUGCCGAGUGCUGGGAGGCAGAGACGUGUUAGUAAUUCAGCCCUACACUGAAUGGAAGAUGGAGAACUCGGUUCUCUCACAACUGGAAAAUCCUGGGACUGUGCAUCGGUUACUUCAGCUCUGGAACUGCAGGCCUUUGAGAUUGGAACCACCUGCCUUGCCUUCUCCACAGCCCUGAGAAGAGCCCAUAAGAGACUGAAGAGCUUUACUCUGUACACCAACCCAGCAGCGGCUCCGCCUGACCCUUCCUUCUCUUAAAGGGACAGACGGUCAAGCUGACUCCCAUCUCCCGCCCCAUGCCCUCAUCAUGUGGAUGUAGUUGCCAGUCUGUAUUCCUGUUUGCAGGCUCUCAUGGCGAGACAAGGGCCUCGUUUCCGACUGAUUGGUAUGAGGGGGCUAGGUAGACAUCUUUGCAUUGUCGGAACUCGGUCUUUCCUUGGCAGAUCUAAAUCCCUCCCUCUGACGUGACAUGAGGUCAGCUCUCCCCUGCAGAUACAUCCACCUGAUAAGCAUCUCAGGAUGGAAGUAUCUUCUCUUCUUCCCUCAUUCUGAGAGGGUCCGUGGGUGGACCUUGCCUGAACUGCCUCAGGGCGGAACGAUUGCUGGAGCAGGGUGGUGUGGCUCAGAGGCUUGGCUGGCUUUGGAGGGCUGGCUUCUGACUCCUCGAUGGGCCGCUGACUGCAGGCCUUUAGCUUGUAUUUUGUGUCUCAGUGGGGAAUAGUUUUGAUUUUCUCCCCUCUAUUUGAAAUUGUUCAUCUGUAGGCUCCAUCUUGCAUAUAACUUGUAAGAAAGACAUUUGCAAGUUUUCUGUAAUCUUGUAUCAGGAAUAUGUGGGAGGUUUGGUCAGUAAUGCCGAGGCAGGCUCUCCGUGGAGUGUUAGUGGGUCACAGGGCCACUGAGGGCUUUAGGUCUGACCUUUGUUUUCCUUGUUGGGGGCUCUUAGUGAGUGCAGAUGUAAUGUCCAGCACGUUGUUAACCACAUGGACAAAUACAGAGAGCCUAGAGCUCUCGUGUGUGGUUCAGCCAGAGUCUGACCUUAGUUGAAAGGACACAAAUGAAAGAAGUCAGAGGUUUGUGAGUGAGACCUGCCUGCACUGAUUUUAGGCACCCCAAAAGCACAGGGUUCCAUUCAGAGGUCAUGGUCCUCCUAUUUUCUUCUAGCUCAGAUGAGCCACAUGGCUCUUAGAACUUCCUCCCCUGAGUUCUUCCCCAACAUUAAUGCUCUUUCCUCCCAUGUCUGUGCAAUGCUGGUUUCUCCCACAAACAGGCUAUAAUGGAUUUCCCUUCUCUGGGGAAAAUACUGAGAGUGCGUGCCCAGUGCGUGCGGCGCCCAGUGCGUACGGCGCAGAGCAGCACAGGCCUGUCAUCCUUCCUUCAGUGCUAGCAGCGCAGGACAACGUGUCCUUUCCAAGACAUAUGCACCUGUGCUCCUUGCCACCAGAUGCUUAGGCAACGGGCUCUGUCCCCUAUCUUUUUGAAAAUAAUACACAACAAAAAUUUUCUCUGCACAAUUAUAGCCACUGUGAUUCUGCUUUUUAAAAAGAGAAUUAUUUUCAUAUUUAUGUUGGCAAAUAUGGAAAAGGAAACUCUGUUUUCUGUCUCAGUGGGAGUCAACUGCAUUUCAGUAUGGAAGUGAAGACUCAGCUGUCACCCUGAGGUAGUCCCAAGCCUUCCUUCCCGACCUCAGAGCAAACCACACCGGACCCACCUCUCCGCAGUCCGGCGCCAUCACUUCUCUAAGCCUGCCUUCUGCUCCUCCUGUUCACGGUCCACCUUGUGAGGUGGAGAAUCUCUAGUGUUUAGUUUUUUAACCUUUAUUUUGAAAAAUAUUUUUUAAAAAGAUCUACUGGUUAGAUUUUAUUGUCUCACAGAAAUGUUUUUAGAGAUUAUUUUGUUCACAGAUGUCUCUUUUCUCAUGCUGUUGACUGACCUUUGCCUACAAUGUCUUUUCAAUAUAGAUUUUAUUCACCAAUUUACUUAGUGUACUAAGCAUUACUAAGUAAGAGGUACUGAGCAUUAAGGUAUGUAAAUCAGGUGACAUAAACAUGGAAAAUCAUGUGCCUAUUUUUUUAAUGAUGUCAAAUAAAUACUUUUUCUGGAAAA